CGUGCCUGCAAUGACCGUAAGAAUACUCGUUUGAAGUAUGUGACUUCUGUAGUCUACAUCUCUAUAAAGUCGUAGUAGUUUACAGUGUCGUUACGAAGGCCAGUGCAGAUUCUGUUCAAUGUUAUGACUAGUUGCCGAAUGUUUAACGAACAAGCCCGCUAUUAGGAAAUAAUUAAAUUAACAUAGUUAGCUAGUUAAGUGGUAGAGGAGAAGGACAUUCAUAACGACGAUGAUAGCCUCUCAUCUUCUGGCAUACUACUUCACGGAGCUCCACCAUGACAAGGUUCAACAAGUGGAUAAAUUCUUGUACCACCUGCGGUUAUCGGACGAGAACCUGAUUGACGUGUCUGAGAGGUUCCGGAGGGAGAUGGAUAAGGGGCUAGGCCGUGACUCCAACCCUACGGCCGCUGUGAAGAUGCUGCCCACAUUUGUGCGCUCUACCCCUGACGGGACAGAAAAGGGAGACUUCCUGGCUCUAGAUCUGGGUGGGACCAACUUCCGGGUCCUGCUGGUGAAGGUGUCUGACAACGGGAAGCAGAAGGUGGAGAUGGAGAACCAGAUCUAUGCCAUUCCUGAGGAGCUGAUGAGGGGCAGUGGCGAAGAGCUCUUCGACCAUAUUGCUGAGUGUCUUGCUAACUUCCUGGAGAAGCUGGGGAUCAAGAACCAGAAGCUUCCUCUGGGCUUCACCUUCUCCUUCCCCUGCCAGCAGACCAAACUGGAUGAGAGUAUUCUGGUGUCAUGGACCAAGGGCUUCAAGUCGCAUGGGGUGGAAGGGAGAGAUGUGGUCAGCCUUCUGAGGAAAGCCAUCAUAAAGAGAGGGGARUUUGACAUUGACAUUGUGUCGGUGAUCAACGACACUGUGGGCACCAUGAUGACCUGUGGAUACGAUGACCAUCACUGUGAAAUAGGCCUAAUUGUCGGCACUGGCACCAACGCCUGCUACAUGGAGGAGAUGCGUCACCUGGAGCUGGUGGAAGGGGACGAGGGGAGGAUGUGUGUUAACAUGGAGUGGGGGGCAUUUGGGGACGAUGGCACUCUGGAUGAUCUUCGUACAGACUUCGACCAGGAGAUCGACGCCGGCUCCCUCAACCCCGGCAAACAGCUGUGA